CCGACUUCCGGUCAGAUGGCUGCGAUGUUAGCAAACAACCAUCUUCAUUGCCACAAUGAGCAAGCUAUUAACGGACCAUGGCUUGCUCCCCCUUUCCUCCCUCCGUCUGCUCGUCCCCCCUCUGCAGCUCGUGUCGGCAGCUCUGCUGGAGGUCGUGCAGCAGGGAGCUGUGAUGUACUACGGUCUGCUGGAGGAGUUCGUUACCACGAUGUCGGAAACGGUCCCUGAACUGCUCACGGACACAGAGAGAGUCGAACUAGCUAUGGGCCUGCGUGCAAAGGUGGUGCUGGAGUUGUGCCGCAAUGAAGAUUUUGCCGGCCCGCAGGCCAUCCAGCCUCAUCUGAGCAGAAUAAACACCCACAUUACGAACCGGGAUGAAGAGACCACCAGCUCUGAGGUAAAAUAUUCAGUUACAAACUUCCUGAACCUUGUUCACACUCUGAUGGAAGAUCGAUGCCAGAGAGAUAUCUUUUAUCAGAAAGUCUUUCCGACAGUGUUCGGCCCUCAAUAUGACUCAGCCCUACAGGCUCUGAUGAGAAAGUUCCUCUUCAAUCUGCAGAAGCUGCUCCCUGUUCCAGACCUUGAACAAACUUCCCUUUGGCUCAGUCUCUCCCCUUCCAUCUUGAAAGAGUGCGCAGACUUCAUGAGUCAACCUGAGCCCCUGAAUACGCUUAUUCAGCAUCACAAACAUCACGGCCACCAAGUCCCACAAGCCUUGUCCUCCUGCGGUGAUGAACGCAUCCUCUCCAGCCUGUCCUAUCACCUACCAAACAGGGACGAGGGGGAAGCACCCGGCGGGGAGUCAAACAAGGAGAAAGAAGAAAACUUUGAGGAGGUCAAUUCUGAACCGAUGAGGAUUAUGGAAAGAAAUGGGGGGCAGCAUGUUGAUGAUCUGACUGAAGACCGAGGAGCCUCUGUUGAAGUAAUACUCCCACCUUUUGACGACAUGGAGUCUGACGAUGAAGACGACAAAAAGAAGUCCCGACGUUUGAAAACUGGUGGUAGGACGUCCUCCAAAGCCUCCGAGCGUCUUGUUUGUGACCAGGGUUUUGGUUCCCCGAGCAGACUAAAGAAGCACAAGAUUACCCGGAGCGGUUGCUCUGCAAAUACGACGAGUCAGCCAGAUUCUGCGAGCCAAAGUAGCUUUUUUGAGAAGAUCGAUUUGCAGGCUUGCGUCGAGAAUAACUCUUCUAGAAGUGAGAAUGAGCUUUCAUCGCGGCCAAGCGCCACAACACAUGAGAAUAGUCUCCCAAACGACGAGCAGCCUCUCGAUGACUCGAGUCUCGUUUGUCAUGUUUGCAGCAAGGUUUUCACUUACCCAAAGAAUCUUGACAAACACCAGAGGACCUGUGUGGUCAGGAGUAGAAGACGAGCAGAUAAGACCAAAGAGUCUUUCUUUAUUGAGGCUGAAAAUGUUGUUCCUCAGGAAUCAAUAGCUUCUGACUCGCCACAAGAGCAAACGUGUAAAAGAAGCAGUCGUGUCAAACAGUGCUCCACGUGCGGGAAAGUAUUUAUUUGUUGUGCCGACUUGACGAGGCACAUGAGAUGCCACACCGAACAGAGUGCUUACCUCUGUUCUCAAUGUGGGAGAGACUGUGACAGCUACGAGGACUGCCAGAAGCACCAGGAGGAAACAAAGCAGCGUUCUCGGGACAGUUCGUCGAGCAACGCGGGGAAAAGGAAUCAGGAGGACAUCUCAACAGUCCCGGAUGCAUCUACCAACUCACAGGCUAAGUCCCCCAUGACAUGUCAGGAGUGUGGCCGGAGGUUUACAUACUACAAGAACUUUGAGAAACACCAGAGCAGAUGUUCCAAAAGGGCUCCUCGGAAGAAAAGGCAGACAAGCGCAAACCACUUAGUCAUCGCCGCUUGCAGUUUCCGACUCGACGCCGACGCCAAUGCUGAGGCGAGUUCCGAAACGCAGGAAAGAGGCACGGCAAAAGCUCCCACCUCUCCGGACGGCUCCCAAAGGUCCAAACCUCGCGGCAUCAAGUGCGCCCUGUGCGAGAAGAACUUUCCAGAACUCUCCCUCAUGAAAAAACAUUAUUCCAAGGCGCAUAAAGUCGAAGGCUCAUACCCGUGUCCUGUGUGUAAGAGGACUUUUGUGAGGCUGUUCGAACUGAUUCGACACCAGCAAAACAAAAAGCUGUACCAGUGCGGCACCUGCAAGAAGUGCUACGCCAAUCCAGUUGUGCUGAACGAUCACGAAAAAAUACACGCCGUGAGUGUGACGCCACGCGUCUGCGAGACGUGCGGGGAGAGCUUCAAAACUCUGGCCUGUCUGAUCCUGCACCAGAGCGAGCACAGAAAGCAGCAGCCCAACGUGUGCUCCUACUGCGGGAAACAGUUCAGCACCAAAGCCUCCCUGAGAGCGCACACGGUGAGGCACACGGUCAGCUACCCGUGCCCCGUCUGCGGGAAGAAGUUCUACCAAAAGACGUACCUCAAGUGGCACCUGUACAAACACACGGGGCGGGAGCCGUACCUCUGCGACACGUGCGGGAAGGGCUGGCCGACCGCGGCCCAGCUCAUGGCCCACAUGGUCCAGCACACGGAGGAGAGGCCGUACGAGUGCGAGGACUGCGGCAUGCGCUGCAAGAGGAGGUCCCACCUGAUGGCCCACCGCAGGGCCAAGCACAUCGGGCUGCGGCCGUUCACGUGCGAGGUGUGUGGCAAAGCGUUCAGGUUGAACGGCGUGCUGAGAAGACACGCGAUGGUUCACACGGGGGAGCGGCCGUUCCCGUGUCCGCGGUGCGGCAAAGGGUUCAUGAGAAAGUCCCGCCUGAGGGAGCACAGAGAAAAGGCGUGUGUGUGACGACAUGCUGUUCGUGGACUAGCACUGCACUGAAAAACUCUACCAGUGCAUACAUCAAAUACAUGUACAACUUCUGUCAUCGGCUGUGUCUCAAUGCUGUAUAUGUAUGAUGACUUUUUUUUUUUUUUUUUCUGUGAACUCUUUUCAUUCACUGAGAAUGAAAAAUGACGGAGCUGACACGAUUUGUCAACAGAAAACGACGGGCAACUGUUUUGGAAAUUUAUCCGUUACUGGUCUACUUUCACACUAGUGGACAGAAAACAUCCAAAAUACACAUACAUACGACUAUUGUCUAUUUGCGUCUGUAGUCUGUUUUUAUGGCUAUUGUUAACAUAUAUUUUCAGAAGACUUGUAAUACAUCAAAUUACUGUCUCAAUGUAAGUAAUCAACUUGGGGGAGUUUCAUUGUGCUAUCUAUUAGUUGUUUUUUAUAUCCUAUAUUCUCCUGUGGUGACUCCUCUUAAAGGGUUUUACAUUAACUGCUCUUCCAUUGAAAUGUCAGGCUGCGCAGAAACUUUGCGGAUGCCCGAAGCAAUUAUAAGAUAAAUCGAACCAAUAUAUCCUUUACUUAAGUAAACCACAAUGUAAAAACGUCCCAUUACAAGUAAAAUAUAUACUUGUGCAGAAGUAUCGUCGUCAAACUGCACUUAAUGGGCCCCAUUAAGAGUUUUAUUAUAUUUUUAUUUUGGUACAUUUUAUUGCAUAGUAGUGGUGCAUUCACAUGUAAUCAGUUGUAAUCUACCGGUAGAUCUAUUACCGGUAGAUUACAGAUACAGUUAUGAGCAAAAAUAGUUAUUUUUUUCCUUAUGCAGGUCAUAGAGAACAUUUCUGGUUGGUUGGGGUGGAGAAGUGAAUGGGGCCACAUCGGGAGCUAUACUGCUGCAUCCGUACCAGAAGAUUUCAAAUGACUCAUACACUGUGUGGAUCAUUAUCCAACAGUAAUCUGUUGGAUAAUAUCAUCAAACCAUGGACGACUAAUGUAUUACCCGAUAAAUCGUUUCAGCACUAACGUCUGCACACGGAUCACCCUGAGCAGUAGAAAAAGCAUUGCUCCACCAGAGAGCAGUGGUGCUCCAGGGACAGACCUGUAGUUUAUGUGCAGUAUCUGUAAAUGAAUCCGUUCUUAAACAUGCUCUUUUCACAGGCCACAUGACGUACAACACAUUUUCUAUGCGAGCGCGUCCAGCUGACAAAAUGACUUUUAGAAGUUGUUACGUAUGAGAGAUGCAACUACUGCUCAGUCUUUCAUUAGGUCUGUUGUCUCAAACGUCAGACCUUUCAGAGCCCUCUGUUUAGGAUUUCCCCCUCUGCCUGCUAAUUAAGAAACAGUGUCGCAGGCGAGGUGGCAGAGGGUGACAGACAGCAGCUUUAUUUGGAGGAGGGGGGGGGCGCAGUAGGGAUGCAAUGACAUUUGUGUUAGUCAUGUUUAAUGAAAUAAAACGCGAUAAGGGAGAAGGGAACGCUGUAUGCUUUGCUAUUUCGAGUCUGUUGAGAGGGACAGGAUGUGCUUCACUAAAGCACGUUUUGUGAGUAAUGCGGUUUGCUUACGUGCUCACAAAAGUCACGCUACUGGAACGCAAGCGAGUGGAAAUUGGAAAAAAAACAUAAGAAAUCCCACAAAAUGAGAGCGAUCUUCAUGUGGGCUCUGCAUCGCUCUCUGGUAGGCAGACCGUGCCACUCCUCUGGGACAUUCUGGCUGUCUCUCAUGUCUGCAGAGAGAUUUUGCUCUUGACUGAAACCUCCAUCUGUCCCGCUCGCUCUCGAUGAACACCACAGUAUGAUGACUACAGAGAUUUAUGCCCUUCUCUUGCUUCUGAAGUUCAGACUAAUACCUCGUGGUCGCAGGCACAGGUAGCUCCACAUUAUAGAACAUUCCUGAUGAGCCAUGACUGCUUCUCAGCAGACCAUUUUACAAUGAUCCACACAGUAUAUGAGUCAUUUUAAAUCUUCUGGUAUUGAUGCAGCAGUGGCUCCUGAUGUGGCCUCAAUUACCUCUUGACCCCAACCAAGCGGAAUCCAGACCAAAAACAUUCUCUUAGAAUAUCCAUAACCUUCAUGAGAAGAAAAACAAACUGUCAGGUUAGUAGAACUCUUUUGCUCCUAAUUGUAUCAGUCUUGGGGCACCCUGGCAAUGUCUCCCCAUCUCUCUCUACAUUUAUAUGAUUCAUUAUUUAUUUAAAUAUGAAAACUAAGCAUUGUGUGCUUUUUACUACCUGCCAGAAAUAUAAAAUCCUACACAUUAAGCCCUUAAGUUUUAUGUAAUCUAUUAGAAAUGUGUCUAUAGAAGAUCAAUUCUACAUUCUGUACGAUUCACUGGAGAGAGGCGCUAAUUGUCCCCUUCGUUCGACGUCGUAUAGCUUAAUUAUUCUGCCUCUUUAGAUCCUAAACAUUUACACAUCCAUCGUCUAUUUGUCUGUUUUUAAGAUUGCCGGCAUAAUUUACCAUAAUGUUCUGUGUAGAGCACACACUCUACAUCUCUGUUUUAUAUGAAGAGGUUCAUACCAAAAUAAGGUUUAUACAAAAAUGAAUAUUCACUCUUUAUAGAAUGAUGGCAAAACUGAACCGUAGAGUUGGUAUGACUAGAUGGUAACUAAUACAGAAGUCUUAAUUCAGUUCUAACAAUACCAAAUAAUGUUUUUCCAAAAUGGAAAGUAGCAUUUGGAUUAUAAUUUUAUUUUUGGAAAUGAUAGAAAUAUUGACGAGGGUUUUGAAGUGCGAGAGCCAAAAUGUGUCCUGACUUUCAUCACAUGGUGCAAUUUUUGAAGGACUGCCGAGUGGUGCAAUGCAGCUUUGAUUGAAUUGAGUCCCAGCUUUGCAGCAGCGUUGAAGGGAUUCUGACUCUGUAAAGUCUCACACUCAGCACAAAUGUCCCCAAGAGCCGGUGCACUGCUAUUGGUGACGCCAGCAACGAAUGCCAUUCUGUAGACAUUCAUUAUAUCCACAUAAUGGAUGCCCCCAGUUUGUCCCCCAACCUGCCCGACAUUAUCUUGCUGAGAAUAUACAUUUUGUUGUCAUUGUUUAAUAUUAGAGAUGAGGCCCCACCUAUCAUUUUGUUUUGUCCCCUUGUACCCAACAGAAUCCACUGCAAUGCUUUAGAGUCAGUCAAACCAGCAUGAGGGAGUAGCAGUGAUUCAGGCGGAGCGUAAUUGAUCCUUGGCAAUGCUGCCUCUCAGAUUGCAGUGGUAUCUUUACCCCUCUCACUAUAAAUACCACCCAUGAGCAACGUCGUCAUGCCACUUGCUUCAGGCUUUUGAAGAAAAGGCGUUAUUUCUCAGCUGCACAUCCCUGCCAGGAGCCUUUCCCACAUUUCUACAUGAGAGAGAGAGAGAGAGAGAG